AUGGGAGAAACGGGUGUUCCUGGGCUGCCUGUACCGGAAGGUAUUAGUGGCCUGCGCGCACCCGUGGACCAAGUCGAGCGUAGCGGCGCCUUGCUUGUGCUCGCCUCGCGGACAAAUAGCUACCGCCGACCUUCUUCCUUCCCCGCACCCGCUUCCCACCGCAACUACUGCUCGACAAUCACCACAUCCGACAAGGCACUGUACGCCAGCAGAGUCGGCAACAUGGCUGAUCGCGAAGUUCUCCCCGAGUCCAUUCGGCCCUCCCACUACGUCCUUUCCCUCCGUGACCUCAACUUCAAGGACUGGACUUACAAGGGAACCGUGACCAUCGACGCCGAGGUUGUCAAGCCUACCAAGGAGAUUGUCCUCAACGCCCUCGAGAUCAAGCUGCUCAGCGCAAAGAUCGCCGUCGGCCACACCAAGUCGACGCAAUCAUGGGAGUCCACCAACUUCAGCUAUGGCGAGAAGCAGCAGCGCGCUACCGUCACCUUUGACGAGGAGAUCCCCCAGGCGCAAAAGGCUGUUCUGACCAUUGACUUUGAGGGCAUCAUCAACAACGAGAUGGCCGGCUUCUACCGCAGCAAGUACAAGCCCGCCGCCGAGCCCGCCAAGUCUGUUCCCCGCGACGACGAGUGGCACUACAUGUUCAGCACACAGUUCGAGUCUUGCGACGCCCGUCGGGCCUUCCCCUGUUUCGACGAGCCUAACCUCAAGGCCACCUUUGACUUUGAGAUUGAGAUCCCCGACGACCAGGUCGCCCUCAGCAACAUGCCCGUCAAGGACACCAAGAAGACCAAGGAGGGCUGGCAGCUGGUUUCCUUCGAGACCAGCCCCAAGAUGUCCACAUACCUCCUCGCCUGGGCUGUUGGUGAUUUUGAGUACGUUGAGGAGUUCACCGAGCGCCGCUACAACGGCAAGCAGCUGCCCGUUCGUGUCUACACCACCCGUGGCCUGAAGGAGCAGGGCCGUUAUGCUCUGUGGCACGCGCCCCGCAUCAUCGACUUCUUCUCCGACAUCUUUGGCAUCGAGUACCCCCUGCCCAAGGCCGACCUGUUGGCCGUCCACGAGUUCACACACGGAGCCAUGGAGAAUUGGGGUCUCGUCACCUACCGCACUACCGCCGUCCUCUUCGACGAGAAGACGUCCGAGGCCAGGUACCGCAACCGUGUCGCUUACGUUGUCGCUCACGAGCUGGCUCACCAGUGGUUCGGCAACCUGGUCACCAUGGACUGGUGGGAUGAGCUGUGGUUGAACGAGGGUUUCGCCACCUGGGUUGGAUGGCACGCGACAGACUACCUGCACCCCGAGUGGCAGGUUUGGUCUCAGUUUGUCAACGAGGGUAUGGAGAUGGCCUUCAAGCUUGAUGGCAUCAGAGCCAGUCAUGCCAUCCACGUGCCUGUCAAGGACGCCCUUGAUGUCAACCAGAUUUUCGACCACAUCAGCUACCUCAAGGGUUGCUCGGCCAUUCGCAUGCUCGCCAACCACCUCGGUGUCGAGACCUUCCUCAAGGGUGUCUCCAACUACCUCAAGGCCCACCAGUACGGCAACGCCAAGACCAAGGCGUUGUGGGAUGCUCUCACUGAGGCGUCCGGCAAGGAUGUGAACAAGCUCAUGGGCCCCUGGAUUUCCAAGAUUGGUCACCCCGUUCUGACCGUCGCCGAGGAGCCCGGUCAGAUCUCUGUUAAGCAGUCUCGUUUCCUUUCCACUGGCGACGUCAAGCCCGAAGACGACGAGACCACCUGGUGGAUUCCCCUUGAGAUUGAGGGCAAGGUCGGCACCAAGGGUGUCACCUCCCUGUCUCUCGAGAAGAAGGAGGACACGAUCCGUGAUAUCGACACGGACUUUUACAAGCUCAACUCUGGAUCUUCCGGUUUCUACCGUGUCAACUACCCCCCUGAGCGUCUUCUGAAGCUCGGACAGCAGCUGGAUCGCCUCACCACCGAGGACAAGAUUGCCAUCAUCGGCUCCUCCGCCGACCUUGCCUUCUCUGGCUACGGCACCACCGCGGCUCUUCUGUCCUUCGUCCAAGGCUUCGCCAAGGAGGACAACUACCUCGUGUGGAGUCAGGUCCUUGACUCUAUCGCACUUGUCAAGUCCAUCUUCAGCGAUGACGAGACGAUCAAGAAGGGUCUGGAGACUUUCACGUUGAAGCUUAUCAACGACGUCGUGGCCAAGAUGGGCUGGGACUUCCCCGAGGGCGAGAGCUACCUUGACGGACUUCUCCGCAAGAGAGUCCUCCUGACUGCUGGUGUCAACGGCCAUGCUGGUGUCACCGAGGAGGCCACCAAGCGCUUCAACGCCUGGGUCGAGUCACCCGAGUCUAACCCCCUGCACCCCGCUCUCCGCACGCCCGUCUUCCGCGUCGCCAUCAAGAACGACACGGCCCGUGCCGUCGAGGCCUUGAAGAAGGAGUGGUUCACCACCCCCGCCAUCGACGGCAAGGAGAUCUGCCUCUCCAACCUUGGUUUCGUCCGCGACGAGAACAUCAUCAAGAACAACCUGCUCCCCUUCCUCUUCAACAAGUCCCCGCCCGCCCCGGCUUCGGACUCCGUCCCGUCCGCCGACAUGCACUCCCUCGGCUCCGCUCUCGCCGGCAACUCGGUCGCCCGCCAGAUCCAGUGGGACUACGUCAAGAACAACUGGGAGGCCUGCCUCGCCAAGCUCGGCAACCCCAUUGUCGUUGACCGCUUCAUCCAGGUCUCCCUGGGCAAGUUCACCGACUUUGAGUCCGUCAAGGACAUUGAGGCCUUCUUCGCCGACAAGGACACGAGCGCUUUCGCCCGUACCCUCGAGACCGUCAAGGACAAGGUCCGUGGUCGCGCCGCGUACCGCGAGCGUGACGCUGCUAAGCUGAAGGAGUGGCUCGUCGCCAACAAGUAUGCGUGA